CGCACCACGUGAGAAAUUCACGCCGCUUCCUCUCAUCCAAGAAAUGUGCCUUGAUAGUUGGCGCUGGGGAUAGCACCGGCGCAGCUGUCGCUCGAGCGUUUGCUGCCGACGGAUUCAUGGCUUGUUGCGUGCGUCGCGAUGGCGCCAAGGUGCAAGAGAUCGUGAAGUCGAUCCGAGCUGCGGGACACGACGCAGAGGGGUUUGGGGUGGACUGCCGCGACGAGUCCAACGUCGUGGCACUCGUUGACGACAUCGAACGCACGCUAGGUCCGAUCGAAGUCGCCGUGUUCAACGUUGGCGCGAAUGUAAAGUUUCCCAUCACUGACACGACUGCUCGGGUGUAUCGCAAGGUGUGGGAGAUGGCAUGCUUCUCGGGCUUCCUCGUCGGAAAGGAGGUGGCGUGUCGGAUGUUGCCUCGGCAACACGGCACGAUCAUAUUCACAGGAGCGACAGCAAGCGUUCGCGGAAGCGCCGAGUUUGCUGCAUUCGCGAGCGCCAAGUUUGGACUGCGCGCGUUGAGUCAGAGCAUGGCGAGGGAGUUGGGGCCGAAAGGCAUUCACGUCGCUCAUUUGAUUGUGGACGGAGCGAUCGACACCCCUUGGAUUCACGAAAACUUUCCCCAAGCCAAAGAAAGGUUGGCGCAAGAUGGUUCGUCCUGCCACAAUCAAUUUCUCUGCACUGAUCGGGUGCAAUGGGUUGGUCCAGGCCUUGUUCGACCAGAAGACAUCGGAAUGCUCUACGUGCAGGUCCACCAUCAACCCAAGACGGCAUGGACCCAUGAACUAGAUGUGCGGCCAUGGGUCGAGACGUGGUAGUGCGCGUGAAAGCCUCUACGUAGGUCGUUCGUGUGCCUUGAGCUGUCAGCUUCACUCAGUCAACCAGAUCCUAGCGCUUCUGUACUGGGUUCAUCUGUGGCCAUCUCAUGUCACUGAAUUCGUUCCUAUAU